AUGCCGUCCUCUGGCCCUUUCAAGGACGAGGUCCAGCAGCAUUCUGUCCCAGAAGCAGCUUCUUCAUCGACCCCGUCGCGCAGUAACCCCGUCCAUCAAAGCUCUGCCCGAUCUCGAGGCAGUCCGCUACCGUCCCGGAAGCGCCAGGCAAAGCAGCCACUGCACAUUCGCAUGAACUUGACCGAGACCCAGAUGGAUAAAAUCACCGCCGCCUUCACAAACAAGGUCAACGAUAGCCCAGUGAGGGCGCGUCCGCGCGUUGAAGUCACGCCCGCCAAGCCGCCCUCUGGGCCGCAGCAGGGCGACUCUGGCUCGCGUCGCAACAAGUCCAGAUACAGCCUGAGCAGCAGCGGCGACGAAGACUCGCAAAAGCCGUCCACCACCUUCUCAGACCUCAUGCCCAGGCGUCAGGGCGACAUCUUCUCCGCGAGUCUGGCCGAACGUCGCCAGCAGCACCCCCCUACGCCGCUCCAGGUCGCCGACGACCACGCGCCCAGUCGCACUCCGCAUCGCCUGCCCAUGGAGUCGGUGUCUCACGCAGUCUCGCCCCUGAGCCCGACGCAAGGAGGGCGCUAUGAGAGGGCUGGGAGCGAGCAGCUCUCCCCUGACUGGCCGAGUCCUCAAACCGAAUGGCUGCCCCGUGCAAGCACAAACUCCCACGUCGUCGACGAAAACGUCAACGGGCCCGUCCUCGACAUGUACAGGGCGUGGGCGCGACUUGAGAGCCCUGCCGACUACGCCGAAUCCUCUUUUCGUGUGCAGAGCCUGGCUCAGCGACCGCGACGAUCCAAGAGCACCUCGGAUGGGCUUCGACGCGCCGACGGGUUUGCCCCUGCAUCUCCUCCUCCCCCCCCCCUGCCUGCCAAGGCACUUUCCCGGAGCUCCGGGACUCGGGCCACUGAGAGCCCUCUCUUCUCCCCGCUUGCCCUCUACUUCCGCGGUCAAGACUUCCCGUCGACCAAGAAGGGCGAAAAGACCUUGAUCGGACAGAACGGCUGGCUGGAGCGUACGGGAUUUGCCUCGGGACGGGAUCAAAAGGUCCGGCAGAAGAAGACGGGCAUCCUUGAGAGCAUCAAGAAGAUUGCGAAAGACAUGACGGCCGAGUUUCACAACAACAAUCGCCGCUCCCAGGCCCCGGUCAAGGAGGUGAGCGUGUCCCACAUUCGCAUUUCCCUCGACGCGCGGGAGCAGAGCCUGCUGUACUGCGAACUCGAGUUCCAUCUCACGGCCGCCCUCAACGAUUUCAUCACGGCCGAGCUCGACAGGGGCCACCUCGUCCCCGACAACCUCAAAAAGGUGUCGGACUGGUGGGCAAACCAGGGCCGCCCCAAGGUGGUCGGCUUUCGUUACGACCUGGAGACGCAGCUCCAACUCGUCAGCCUACACGUCAACGACUUCAACUUUUACGGCCGCCGCCAGAGCAACCCCGUCGAGAUCGGCGGCCUCCUCGACGCCAUGAAGACCAAUGCUCGCCAGAUGCGCAUCCGCACUUUUUGCCAGCCCGACUCGGUCGUCGCCAAGCAGCUCGUCGACGCCCAGUCGCUCUUCAACAUGAUCAACGUGUCCAGCCUGCAGCAAGCGGCCCUCGCUGAGGUGGCCCAGUUCUUCAAGGUCAUUGUCGAGCGCGAGCGCGAGCGGGAGCAGCACGAGCGCCGAGUCCGCGACCGGCAGAGCCAACACCACCACCAGCGACAUCGAUGCGAGAGCCACUCGGUUGCGUACCAGUCCAAGGACCACGACCACGAGGUCGACGAAGACCCGCUUCCUUAUGCUCGUUAG